CACCAACCGUUUUCUUUAUCAAGUCUCGCUGACAUAGCACAACAGAUCUACGUAUUAACAGCUUCACACACACACACACACACACACACGAAACGAGGUCUCUUGGUUCAGCCAGCCACACCGCCCAUCCAUCCAUCCAUCCGUCCGUCCAUCCCUCCAUGCGUCACGCAUCAACGAUCUGCACUCUCGCCGUGCUCCCUAUCCCACUACUAUCAAUGCCGGUUGUCCUGACAUCCUUCCAGAGGCUCUCCUCGGGUGGCAGUACCUUGUGGAAAUGGCUGACGAUCAUGUCUUCCAACAGCAGCCUCUCCCUGCUGUUGGUGAUGAUCGAUUCUGCACAAUCGGCUGCCUCAGGGCCCAUGUAAGUGCCGGCCUCCCGAAGAACCGCACAGUAGUCGUGCUCUUCCCCGUCGGCAAUGAUUUCGACAACCAUCUUGGCUAGCUGCUGCAUCACCUCCCCCUUCGGGCGCUCAGGCAGCCGGAUGGCCUCUUUGCCGAUGUUGAUGCCGAAGUAGCGGAAUUCGCGCAGCAGCGCCUCCUUGUUGACCGAUGCCUCCACGUGAAUGGGCAGGCCGUGGUGGUAGAACUGCAUGAUGUAGGGAAACAGGGAGGGCUCAGCAUCGACGAAGACCUGACUCUCACAACACCACACAAGCGCUUCGGCCUGUCACAGACCUGUAGCUUCUACCUUUCUGCACGUGUGUCCUACCGGCAGGUCAUGUUGGAUGCGCCGAUACUCGGCAGUGUGCUCGUUGGUGACCAGCUGCCCCAGCAGUGUUUGUGGGUGCCGCUCAAUGGUCGUCCUGGCCACGUGGAACAUUCUGCCGCCGACAUCGAGUCGAAUGGGAGUCGUCAUUACGACACGCACUCACACUUGCAACACGACAGACAGCAGGGCCAAUGUGAAUGCAGCUGAGAAGGCUGCACAGAGCGACAGAGCCGACAGAGGAUCAUGUCCAUCAAGCAUGCUGCUCACAGAUCUGUGUGCUGCUCACCUCGUUCGAUGCUCAGAUGGACAGAUCAGACAAUGGCUCGAGUGAUUCAUUUGGCCGUUCUCUCGGCCGAAUGUGCUGCGCAGAGCUGCCCAACCACCCCACAAAGCG